AUGCGACCGGCUCUUCUUCGACUUCUGAAGAGGCCGUCCGCCAUCUCGGUCCUCGGCACCCUCGCAGCAACACCGACCGGAAUCGAGCAGCUGGAGUCAAGAUACGCGCGUCUACGAUGCCAAUCGCGAUGUGCUCACCAAAAUGCACCCAAUGAAGAUGAUGCUAGGAAUGGCUCCACGGCGCAGGAUCUGGACACAAAACCGCAGAUCGCAGACGACAGACGGUCCUUCAAUUUUACCAUCUAUGACAUUGAACCGCCGGAGGAAGAGCGAACGCCGAGUUCCACAUCCCUUACGACAGGACUGAGAGAGAAGAGCACGCCAAAACUCCUCACUAAAUCCUUACGGUUCCAACCGGAGAGAUUGGAAUUCGAGUCAGACAUCGGUCACAACAAGGAUAUUGGAACACGCCUGGUCGAUCGCCCUGAGAACAGGAAUGAUUUCGAGCUUUGGGAGGAGCUUUUAAAGUUCCGCCAGCGGCGCUACGGUGACAAAGGGACACAAGAUAUCUGGGAAGGGUUGACAGUUCGCUUGGACGGAGUUCGGCUACCGGUGACCGGAGAACAGGCCGAUUUCUUUUGGCAAAGCUUUAUGAAACUGGGGUUGAGGCGGGAACUUUUCUUGAAGGAAGUGGUGGAAUAUGCCUUGGAUCUACACAAGCAUGAAGGUGAAUCUUGGCCACAGCUCUACGAGAGCGUUGUGGGUGGCCUUCUCGACCGGGGCUACACGAAACGGGCUAUACGAUGGAACAAGAUAUUUCAGCAAUCCGGUUUGGCCUCUCCAAACGAUGUGCUCCAAGUCCUCCGGCCAGUUAUCAGACCAAGCUCGCUCGUGGACCGUGCCUACGAGCUGCAUCUGAAAAACGCCGAAAGACCGUCAUCUCUAUUGCGGACCUUUCGACUGUUGUGUCGCUCGGCCGAGGGUCACCAGAUAUAUGGACCAGUUAUGUCGACACUACUUCAACAUGGCUAUGGGGAGGGUGCCAUCUCGAUACACAAGUUCCUGGUCGCGCGUAAUGAUCAUCCACGGACUCGCAGCGAAAUCCAACCACUAUUGGAUUAUGCCCGAAUGUAUGGUUUCGCGGACGAAAACCACACACUUCAGGCGUAUGCCCGGGGAAGAUUUGGAACCGAGGCUAAGAAGGCAUACCAGGGUGCCGUGGGAAAUGCACCAGAUGGCACGCCAGACGGGAAGCCCUUCAAAGAUGAUAUCGGGGCCCGAUUGUUCGCCACUCGAGCCCUUAAUUUCGACAUGGUCCUCGGCGGUCUGAAGAUUCUUGGCGUAUCCGCAAUUGGCCCAAGGAGCUUACGUGAAUUGGCCGUCAGAGCGCAUGGGAGCCAGGACAUUCUGGAGAAGCUCAAGAUGCUGCGGCAGUCCGGCAUCUCGAUCGGAGACUCCCUCUUCGCCCGACUAGUCCAGAAACUGGCAGCGCAAAGCCGCGAUAUCCUCCUUUCCGACCUGCUGUCGAGUGACCAGCACCCCGAUGUCCUUGAAGACAAGAAAACCCAGGAAUCACUGCUCGUCUCGUACUACACGGCUCGUGAUUCGCGGCAGUACAAUGUAUCUCUCGCCGUGCUCGCAGAACUUUACCCAGAUGAUCCAGAUCUGUUGGAUAUCCAUUUCCGCAAACAUAUUGCUGCCGGAGAUCUCAAGGCAGCCGCUAAAAUUGUGGACGAGAUGACGCUGCGCGGCCAGCCUCUGACUGAAGACAGUAUGGAUUUCAUGGCGGAAAAAGUUCUGACACCCCGUCGGCCCGCCCAUUUGCCGCAACUGUCGCCUGGGAAGCGAUUGAAUACCAAGCGUGAGGUGAUGUUUAUCCUCAGGGUUCUUCAGCGCUCAGUGCCCUUGGGGGGUUAUGUCAGUCCAGCCUUCUGGCAAGAGUUGCUCAAGCGCCUGGGUAUGGAGGACUACUGGAGUGAGCUCCGAGAGUGCUGCCUCUGGCUCGUCCGUCAGUAUGCAACACGGAGUAAAGACCUGUGGCCAACCGCCCCUUCCAAAGCACCAACAGGAAGCUUGCAGGAUGACCGAAUGCUGAAGCUCAUCUUUGCGCCGGAAAUGCAAACAGCUGUAGUGGCCUGGGGGUUCAAGGAUGUUGUCAACCGCGCAACUGCCUCCCAAAAGGUGUGUCUACAUCCUACCACAUCCGAGCCACUCAUCCCUUGGGUCCGCGGGCUUCUUCUGCUCGGAGAGCUGGAGCAAGCCGGCCUCUUCCUCCACACGCGUGUCAUACGCGAUGCUACUCGGACACGCUUGGCCAUCCUGUAUGGUCGAUUCUGCCUUUCCCGUUCUCCCCGGAACCGGACCCUGCGACGAGUGAACCCGUACCGGUGGCAGCAAGUAGUAAGAGAUAUCUUGUGUGCCUGGGGUGACCCGUCCUUUUUUGGUGGACAGGAGGAAACAAAUCCAACGCGGCUGAUGAAUCCCUAUCGAACCCCCGGCUCGCGGCGGCGCUCUGCACGGACGGUGUGGCCUCGGAAACGCCAACGAUGA